UUACAGUUGGUAAAUUUACAGUUUUAUUUAAAUUUAAUUUCAUGAUUUCUUUUAGGGUAACCAGGAGCCGACAGCCACUCCUGACACCAUGGUUCAACCAUUUGCUGCUAUUCCUUUCCCUCCACCACCCCAAAACGGUUUAUCCACAGAUUAUGGAAACCAACACACAAGAAUAUGUCGCUCCAUCCACUGAUCAUGGACUUCCGCUCUAUGGAGGAGGACAGAGUCAUGCAGAGCAUAACACCCCAGCCACCAGCACAGCUAGUGCUUCCAACACGACAGAUGGAUCUCAGACAGAAGGGCAACAACCACAAACCCAGAGCACUGAAAGCACGGAAACCAAACCAACCCCUAAAAGACUUCAUGUUUCCAAUAUACCAUUUCGCUUUAGAGACCCUGAUCUCCGUCAGAUGUUUGGGCAAUUUGGCAAAAUUCUCGACGUAGAAAUCAUAUUUAAUGAGAGAGGAUCCAAGGGUUUUGGUUUUGUAACUUUUGAAACUAGCGCGGAUGCUGACCGGGCCCGGGAGAAAUUGCACAGCACGGUGAUUGAGGGGCGAAAAAUCGAGGUCAACAAUGCAACAGCUCGUGUGAUGACCAAUAAGAAAUCUGUGACACCUUAUGGAAAUGGCUGGAAACUUAGUCCUGUUGUGGGAGCUGUAUAUGGACCAGAACUCUAUGCUGUUCCUGGAUUUCCCUACCCCACAGCUGCAGCAGCUGCAACUACAGCAGCUGCCUUUCGAGGGGCACAUUUGAGGGGUCGAGGAAGGACGGUAUAUGGUGCAGUGCGGGCAGUGCCGCCUACUGCUAUACCAACCUACCCUGGUGUGCUAUAUCAGGAUGGAUUUUAUGGCACAGAAUUAUAUGGUGGAUAUGCAGCCUACCGAUACACUCAACCAGCCACUGCUGCCACAGCUGCCACUGCCGCUGCUGCCGCCGCUGCUGCAGCCUACAGCGAUGGAUACGGAAGGGUAUAUACAGCUGACCCAUAUCAUGCCUUGGCCCCUGCUACCAGUUACGGAGUGGGAGCUGUGGUAAGUAAUAGGCUCUUUUCAAACAUGCUGUAA